GGCGAUAAAAUGGGGGAGGUUUAAAGGUCGAUCGCACCGUGCGUGAAAGUCCGUUAUAUGUAUGGGAUUUCAAUUGUACUUUUUGUCAUCAGAAAAUGUUUUAUAGCUAGACGCAGUCCCCAUAUGGCGUAAAGAAUAGUCAUCCGUAAACUCUAAUACUACCCUGAUCUUACAUUAAUUAUUGGCUUCAUCAUCACGAUUGAGUUUGAAAUUGUUACGAGACGUCUUAUAUUUGCAAUAGUUGAGAAUGCUAGCAUCUUUACUUGGCAUUACUUCUGCCAAGUUUUGUGUGAAAAUUUAUUGACAUCACCUGUUUGUUAAAAGUAGUAUACAAGUUUGUUCUGUCACCAUUGUUGUUGACAUUCUUAAUGAAUCGACUUCGAUGAUGAAAGCUCAUUGCUAGAAACUGAUAUAUUUAUUGUGACUGAUUUUUCGGUUAUCGUUAGUACUAACACCAUUUUUACUGAACAUGUUAUUAAAUAAAGUGGAAUAAUUAUAAUAACUGGAUGUUAGGAUUUAUUUAUUUAUUUAAACAUAAUCAUUGGUACAAGAAGGCACUAAAUAUAUAUGCGUCACAUAAAUCAUUUGAUUUGUGCGAGGACUGGAAUACUGCCCGAAAGCGCUAACCGAAUCAGAUGAUUUUCUUAGAGGGCUACGUACCGAGCCUUUGGCCUCCAGAUCUAAUCCACGAGGCAGUGGAGCAACGUCAGGAGAUGCAGUUCCAUGGUAGUCGGUGACCAACAAUAGGUUCAUACGCCACUUGUUCCCUCAGGAUACUGGAGCCCACGUGCACCAGUGGUUUGGAUUCAGAGUUUUUCAACUUCCCUAGGUGGAUCCUCCAUAUCCACCGAAUCCAUUAAAGCGCCGGACAUUCGCUUAUUGUCAUAUCAAUUUCGUGAGAAAACACCCUCGCCGCGAGAAGGCAGUGAGUAGGACUUCCUUGGCAAUAGCUGUAUACGUGUGACCAUGUGAGAGCAUUUUGAGCGGGAGAGCUGACACUGAUCUUCGGUCGUACCAGAGCAUUUAAGUGCAGAAUGUCAGGGUAAUAACUAAAUUGUCGAUAAACAGGACGUUCAGUCAUCUGUGAACCAGCGUUUGUAAUUUCAUUUUUAGAAACAUUGUCAAACCCACUCAUACUAACUGUUUCAUCCAUGUAGGAUGAGACUAAUUUAUGCACGACCUUUCAGCGACGAUGAAGUGACCCUGAGAAUAUUCACCUGUUAACUAGGACUAAAUGGCAGUUAUAAAGGAGUUUAAGGGAUUAAAAUUGUGAUUAAGGUUAAGAACUAGAUUUAGAGUUUUCAUCACGAACUGACAUCAGGUAAAUGACUGGACAUUAUCUAGCCAGAUGGAUGAAUAAAGUUCAUAUCAAAAUCCAAAACCUGUUAUUUUGUUUGGCUCAUCCAUAAAUUAUAGUCUCGCUCCAAGUCGAAUCGGUAAAGAAAAGUGACAAUCAAUCUAAUUUAGAUGACCAAUACUUGGAGCAUUCUUUGUUUAUCCAAAUUUUCCAAACAAUUAAAUGAUGUUUUUAAAAAAUCUUUAUCGAUAACUAAUCGUAUAAGUUUGAUUAAUAUUUACUAUGUUUUGUCACCUGGAGAAGUUCUUUCCACUCCUGUUUCUACUGUUUAUCAGAAAUUGGUUAAAAAGAUGCAAGAUAUAGUUGUACCAGAUACUGCUUUAUUGUAUCCUCUUCCAAGGAGGCAAUUUUUGGCUGAAUUAUGGAUUACCUCUGGGAAGCUGUUGGUGGUUCUUGAAUCUUCAUUAUUUAUUGAGGAUGUCCCUCAUUCGGUAGACUUUCAAAAAGACCUCACGAUCGUAACUGAAUACAUAGCCAAUGGUGGGCGUGUUCUAUUGAUUUUAAAUACGACAGAGGUGAAUAAUUUCCCCUCAUCGAGUCUUGCUCAUUAUGCUUUACUUUCAAACGAAUCUCCUAAUCUGUUUGAAAACAAUUAUUCAUACUGGAAAUGGAUGUAUAAAGAUUCGAUUUUAACUGGUGGAUAUCAUCGCCUGGAAAGUAAUAAUGAUAAGGAGGUUGAAGUUCAAAAGGAUCAACCAUUAAUUGCUAUUCUCAGUAUUGAUUGUUUGAAAAUCGAAGCAACACGUUUGGAAAAUGCGUUCAACCUUCUUGGGAUACCGUGUGUACCUUGUGUUGAUCUGGAAGACAAUACACAUGAUAAACUACUGUCUAAUUCCCUAUCCUCAGUUCAUUUAUCCGAUUCAAAGACUUUGUAUUGUUUUACACCGGACUCUGAGAAAAAGAAGAUCGUUAAUUUUCUCAUUACGGAAUUUUCAACGAAAUGCAAAAAAGAGAUUUCCUAUUGUUCUACUCUAUCUGAUCUUCCAUUGGGUUUCAACUGGAUAGAUUACUUUUCAAAUCUUCAUACUGAACAUUUAGGUAAAUUGAUUGUUUGGUCUAACUCAAUGGAAUCUAGUUGGGAUUUCUGUCAACAAUUCUUUGAACGAAUCCAUCCAAAUUCUGGUCUGCUGGUAUGUUCUAAUAUUCAAUCUAAAGGGAAAGGUCGAGGAGAGAAUAAGUGGAUUAGUCCUGUUGGACAAGCUGCAUUCACAUUCCAUUUAACAUUAUCCACUUCCAAUAGUCAAAUGUUUAUGAAUUGUGUGACUUGUGUACAACAUAUUGUAGCGUUGAGUGUAGUUUUGGCUUGUAGACAAUUAAUUGCUGAACAUUUAGAGAUCAUUUCAGGUGAUACUAAUUUUUGUGAUAUCAAUGAAGAAUUUCUUGUUGAUCUUCAAUAUCAUGGACCUAAAAUCCUUAUUAAAUGGCCAAACGAUAUUUAUGUUGUCGAAAAUAUUAAUUGGUGUAAUAAUCAAGAUGUCAGUUCGACGCUUUCGCAACAAAAUAUUAUUGGAAAAUUGGCUGGCGUAUUAGUUCGUUGUCGUUUAGUCGAUUCAAAUCACGUGGAAUUAUUGAUUGGCUGUGGCAUUAAUGCAUUCAAUGAACUACCUACGAUAUGUUUAGAACAUGUAUUGAUCAAAUCUCAUCCGUGUAAUAAGAGACCAACAUUUUCAAUUGCCAAGUUAAUUUCACUUGUAGUGAGUUACAUUCAAAGAAUAAUCACGAGGAUCUAUAAUCCGAAUUCAAAUUAUGAUCUUGGAUGGGUGCUUCACUUAUACACGAAAUGCUGGAUUCAUACUAAUCAAAAAGUUCAACUUCACGUCGAUCCAACGUUGAGUGAAAAUAACCCUGGCGUAAUUGAUCAACAGCAUUCAACUGAUACGAAUACCUACCGCAUAGUUGGAUUAGAUAAUUAUGGUUAUCUAUUAGUAGAAGAUAUAUAUACUGGGAUUCGACAUAAGUUACAUCCAGAUGGCAAUUCAAUGGAUAUGAUGCGUGGUCUAAUUAUUACUAAAUAAAAAAAUCUAAUCCAAAAAGUGAAAUGUCCUCUUUUGUUUGAAAAUUCAGUCCAAUUAGAACUGUCAUAUGAUUAGCUAACCAACUAACUGCCUUUCACUCCAUAUUCUAGUCAUUUUUAUAUGCUCAGAUUUCUUCACUUAAUAUAUAUGACCAUUUAAGGGAAAGCAAUAUUAUUCGCUUAUAUGUUUAGUUCUAAAUAUGUAUUCAUCUCCUUUUGUUGUGCUUAAUAGUACUAUAUUUGGGUAAUGACUUGAAACAAGACGGUUAUGUGAGUGUUGUGACUUGAACUAAAUACUGAUUACUACUACACUGGUAAAACUGUUAUUGGCUACUUACUGCAAGGAAACGAGACUACUAUGUGGUUGCAAAGUAAAAAACAAGAUCGUGGAUGAAGAUUGAUUUAUUCAUCAAUCAUUAAUUAAUACGGCAUCCGCAAUCGUAGUCAUAAUAAUCUGAUGUGUUUAUAUAAUUUGCAAAAUCAAUAUAUUGACUGUCAAAUGUUACUCAGGGAUGAAUUAUAUGUUUGUUUUCUUUUUGACAAUUUUUUUAUUUGAAGAAAUAUACAUUUUUUGUGGUCAAUAUUUUGGAAUGUUUUCAGUUAUUUUAAUAAGUGUAAAUAUAAUAAUAUACUUCU